AAAUAUAGCGCCACAGAAUCUGUUCGCAAUUUGCAUUUUCUUCUUCUUCCGCCAUUGUUGCAGAGAGAGGAAGCUCUAAGCAGGCCAAAAAUGGCAGUUUCCUUCCUCUCUACCGUGCCUUCAUUUCUUCCUCUUCAAACCGCCCCAGCUGCACCAUCUCCCUCUUCUCACACUGUCAGAAUUCGUUGUGGCCAAAUCAAACCGGAUUCUAACAGCGAGGAUCGAUUUAGUAGAAGAGAUCUUCUUCAAGGCUUCGGCGGUACCCUUUCCAUGGGAUUGAUGGUAAGCUCACACCAAAUGGUGGAACCGGCUUAUGCUGCUGAUUUAAUACAGCGCAGGCAACGAUCUGAUUUUUUAUCAAAUAUCAAGGGGACCCUUUUUACAGCUAUUAAGAAAGAUCCAGACAUCGUUCCCUCCCUUUUAACAUUAGCACUAAAUGAUGCUGUGACUUAUGAUAAGGCAACUAAAUCUGGAGGGCCAAAUGGAUCCAUUCGCUUCAGUUCAGAGAUUUCCAGACCUGAAAAUGAGAAACUUUCAGCUGCUUUGAGUUUAAUAGAGGAAGCAAAGAAAGAGAUAGAUUCGUAUUCAAAGGGUGGACCCAUUUCCUAUGCAGAUCUUAUCCAAUUCGCAGCACAAAGCGCCACUAAAUCCACUUUUCUAGCUUCUGCCAUCAGAAAAUGUGGUGGGAAUGAAGAAAAGGGGAAUUUGUUAUAUACUGCGUAUGGUUCCAGCGGGCAGUGGGGCUUGUUUGACAGGCAAUUUGGAAGAUCAGAUGCCGAAGCACCUGAUCCUGAGGGAAGGGUUCCCAUCUGGGGGAAAGCUAGCGUCCAGGAAAUGAAAGAGAAGUUCUCUGCUAUUGGGUUUGGUCCCCGACAGCUAGCUGUUUUGUCUGCAUUUCUGGGUCCUGAUCAGGCAGCAACGGAGGAAUUUCUAGCCUCAGAUCCUGAUGUUUUCCCAUGGGUUCAAAAGUAUCAACGUAGCCGUGAAACAGUAUCUCAGACUGAUUAUGAGGUUGAUCUAAUAACUACUCUUACAAAAAUAAGUAGCUUGGGACAGCAAAUAAAUUACGAGGCUUACACCUACCCAGUUAAGAAAGUUGAUUUGAGCAAACUCAAGUUAUAGUGAGUUUUGAAAAGAUGAUAGCCUUGAAGAAAGCUACUCUGCAUUUUGAAACCAAUUUUAUACAUCAGGCUUUACCACUUGGAGAAUUGUAUUGGAAGUUGGUCUGUAGGCAUUGGCCAUAGUUUACACACUUCGAAAUGUACAAUUUGUUGAAAUCCACUGAAAUUUUUCGUUCAAAUUCUGUUCACACUA